AUGGAACCCCAGUGCUAUGACUAUUCCAAGGGCUACCACUAUGGUCCAGAGUAUGAUGAGGAUGAUAGCGGUCCCCAAUCUGAACAGGCAGAGGCAGAAGCAGAGGGUGGCACUGCCUGGAGACUUGCCAGGAACAUGAAUGUGCCUGGAGCAGAGGUACAGAUGUGGUUUAGCCAUAGGAGAGCCAAAGAGAGGGCUGGUGAGAAGAAAGCAACGCCCAGGAGCACACCAGGUGCGAAAGCACAGAUGAUCUUGCCCGCUGGAGAGGGAAGAAAUGGGGAAGAGAGUGAACGGUCGUCCCCUGGGCAGGAGGCUUCAGCAACAAAAUGGGGAGAAGUAGAAGAACUGGGAGAAAGGGAUAGAACGGGGAGAGAUGGAGAAAAUCUUUCUGCUGUAGGAACUUCAGGCAUCAGGAGUGACUGGGACAAAGAGGGUGCCAGCAGCAGUAGGCAGAAGAAUGAGAGUCGGCCUGAGAAGCCAGUCCCUGGGAGUAGGCGGGGCAUGGAGGAUGUACAGCCAGUGCCAGUACUGAUUCCCCGUGUACAACGGAUACAAGUUGUACAAUCCCGGGUACAGUCGGUGCCCCUAAAGGUACCUGUUGUACGGCCUGUGCCCAUUCCUGUGCUCAGUCCUGAGCCAGUGCUGGUGCCUCGCCGCCAUCUCCAUGACAGAUUUACAGACGCAGAGCUGCAGGAGCUGGAACGCAUUUUCCAGAGGAAUCACUAUCUCAGUGCUGAAGAAAGAAAAGAGCUGGCAAGGGUGAUGGGCGUGAGUGAGGCCAAACUGCAGAGAUGGUUUAAGAAGAGGAGAGAAACACUUCAGGAGAGAACAAAGUCAGUCAGGUGGUGCUCCUCCUGGGAAUACUCCACCUCUCUGAAGAUGGCGCAGGAGCCUAGUGCACCACCUUGACCUGGGGCCACUGGCAGACGCCUGCUUUCUUCCACCAACAUGUUAUUGCCUCUUCAUCCCUAAGCACUUGUAUUUGAAAUAAAUGGAUUCUCUGUU